AUGUCUCGAGAGGAUCAGCCCAACACCGACAUCAUCACCCUCACUCGCCACGUCCUCGCAGACCAGUUCAGUCUGGGCGCAGUUGCGACUGGCGACCUGACACUGCUUCUGACUGCCAUUCAGACGACAUCCAAGUUCAUUGCGACCAAUGUUAGGAAAGCGCGCCUGAUUAACCUGGUUGGGUUAGCGGGCGAGACGAACGUGCAGGGCGAGGAGCAGAAGAAGCUCGAUGUCCUCUCGAACGACAUCAUGGUCAACUCGCUACGCGCGUCGGGCAAGACGGCCGUGCUCGUGUCCGAGGAGCUCGAGGAGGCGGUCAUCAUCGAGGACAAGUACAAGGGCAAGUACUGCGUCGUCUUUGACCCGCUCGACGGCAGCAGCAACAUCGACGCCGGUGUGAACAUCGGCACCAUCUUUGGUAUCUACCACAUCGCGCCAGGGUCGAAGGGAACGAUUGCGGAUGUCCUGAGACCAGGCAGCGAGAUGGUCGCGGCCGGUUACACGAUGUACGGUUCGUCAGCGAACCUGGUUCUGACCACGGGACAUGGCGUCAACGGCUACACGCUCGACGCUGCCCUCGGCGAGUUCAUCCUCACCCAUCCUGAUAUCAAGAUCCCCUCACGAGGGAAGAUAUACUCCUUCAACGAAGGCAACUCCGUGUACUUCCACCCGCCCGUCCUCAACUACCUCAACUCCAUUAAGUACCCCAAGAACGGCAAGUCGCCAUACUCUGCGCGCUACAUCGGCUCGAUGGUCGCAGACGUGCACCGGACGCUCCUCUACGGCGGCAUCUUCGGGUAUCCCGACGACAAGAAGAGCAAGAAGGGGAAGCUACGGCUGCUCUAUGAGGCGUUCCCCAUGGCGUUCCUCACGGAGCAGGCUGGCGGCAUCGCGACGACCGGCACGCAGCGCAUCCUGGAUAUCGUUCCCAAGAGCAUCCAUGAGCGGUGCCCUGUUUUCCUCGGGAGCAAAGAGGAUGUGCAGGACCUGAUCAAGUUCUACGAGGCGGAGAAGACGAACGGAGAGGCGAAGCCGUGA